UACGGGUCUCCCAGACGAUAGCUUACCCAACAAUUUCCGCAAAUCCUAGUUCAAAGCUCAAUACUCAACAUUUUGCUGAUCUGCUAGAUAUAAAUAUUACCUGAAAGAGUUGGAAAAGUAGAUUGAUCAAUGCAUUAUCUAGACGAGAAGCUAAGUUUCAGUGGCAUAUGAUAAAGGCAAAUACCUUUUAUCUCCCUGGAUCGGAGCCAUUUCCAAACUUCUUUAGUUGCAGGUUAAGGAGCUUCAGGAUUUCGGCAAUGGCGCCGCCGGUGCUUGCAUUGGCUCUACCGUCUGAAACUGGCAGAGUCCUUAGUAUACAGUCUCACACGGUUCAGGGGUAUGUAGGCAACAAAUCAGCCGUAUUUGCUCUCCAACUAUUGGGCUAUGAUGUGGACCCCAUCAAUUCCGUGCAGUUCUCGAAUCACACAGGAUACCCAACUUUUAAGGGGCAGGUUUUAAAUGGAGAUCAACUAUGGGACUUAAUAGAAGGUCUUGAAGCCAAUGAUUUGUUAUACUAUACACAUUUAUUGACAGGUUAUAUUGGUUCUGUCUCAUUCCUGAACACUGUGCUUAAAGUUGUCGAUAAGCUCCGGGCAAUCAACCCCGGACUUACAUAUGAGGGUGGCUUCUUUAGAUUAUCUAUUCUUUCACUAGCGUAUACAAUUUGCUAUAAGUGGAAUCUUCUGUCAGUCUGUGAUCCAGUGAUGGGUGAUGAAGGAAAGCUUUAUGUCCCUCAAGAGCUGGUCUCAGUGUAUCGUGAGAAGGUUGUUCCUGUUGCUUCAAUGUUGACACCUAAUCAGUUUGAAGCAGAACUUUUGACUGGCAUCAGGAUUGUAUCCGAACAAGAUGGACGUGAAGCUUGUAAUAGACUACACGCUGCUGGACCCCCAAAGGUUGUGAUAACAAGCAUGAACAUGAAUGGGAAUCUUAUUCUUAUUGGCAGUCAUAGAAAAGAGAAGGCCCUGCCUCCUGAGCAGUUCAAGAUUGCGAUACCCAAAAUUCCUGCAUAUUUCACGGGAACUGGAGAUCUAAUGACUGCAUUGUUACUUGGAUGGAGCAAUAGGUACCCUGACAAUCUUGAGAAAGCAGCAGAGUUGGCUGUAUCAAGCUUACAGGCACUUCUUGUGAGAACAUUAAAUGAUUAUCGAAGGGCUGGAUAUGAUUGCCAAUCAAGCAGUUUGGAGAUUCGGUUAAUUCAGAGUCAAGAUGACAUUCGGAACCCAGAAGCCAAAUACAAGGCAGAAAGAUACAGUUGAAUGGAUGUAAGAAUCGAGCUCUGACCAUUCUGAUGGAUACAGGAGCUAACGAUACCAUGUCAUUGCAGUUAAAAAAAAAAUUUGUAAGCUUGAUAUAUCACAGAAGGAAGGCUUGCCAAACUUGAAUGGCUUAUGCCAACACAAAAAUAAAUGAAGCGUCUAAAAGAUCUUCUGGAAAUAAACAAGAUGGAACAUUACCUGUCAAUGUGAACAACUCGAGAACAUGGAAUCUUCUUCUUUUGAUUGUCUAAAUGAGUUUCCAGCGGGAUCUCUGACUGGGUUUUGUGGC